AUGAGCAACAACGACCCAUACUGGCUUAACGAUAAUCUCAGCAACGAGAUGGAUUCAUUGAAUGUUCCAGAUUCUCUGGAACCUUUAAACAGUAAUAACAAUGAGUCCCCUGCCGACUCGGACAAUUUUCCUACUAUAGAUGAGAGUUACUUGAACCUUGACUUGAAACCACAACAAGGCUCGUCCGAUUUUAAUGCCCCGAUGAAUACAAAUAUGAAUAUGAAUAUGAAUAUUGGUAUGGAUGAAACAAAUCAGGGAAUGCAGGGAAUGAACCAGGGACUGAACCAGGGACUGAACCAGGGGAUGAACCAGGGUAUCAAUCAGGGAAUGAACCAGGGUAUCAAUCAGGGAAUGAACCAAGGUAUUAAUCAGGGGAUGAACUUGAAUCAAGGGAGGGACCAAGGGAUGCAGGAAAUGCAAGGGAUGGGAUAUUCACCACAGCAACAGGCUCAGCAAUUUUCUCAUCCACCUCAAAGACAGGCAUCUGUGCCACAACAAACACCCGAACUACAGUCACAACAGUCCCAGCAGCAAUACAAUGAAAACAAUCGAAAAGCAGCAAUGGCUAAGUUUAUGGCGUUGACCCCGGAUCAGCGAAAGAGGCUUAUUGAGAGACAGAGGAUAUAUGAGCAGUCAAAUGCCAAACAGCAGCAAAUGCGUAGAAACGUUCAAAGUCAGUCACAACAAAACCAGAGACAACAGCAGCAAAGAUUUCAUAAAUUGCAACAAGAACAACAAAUCCAACAGACACAACCGAUACCACAGGUCCAACAGGUGUCACAGACACAACAGGUACCACAAGCACAACAAGGUGCCCAGUUUGAUCGUAAGAUGUCGAACUCAUCUGAGAGAUCUAUGCCUGGUGCUAUCAAUAGUCCUUAUUCUGGCCAAUAUAUGAGCCCACGAAUGGACAGGAGCAGCCAGGGAUCGCAGACACCCCAGUCGGCUGCAAAUCAGGAUAAAAUUUCGGCCGUUCAAAGUUCUGAGAAUCCUCAAGGAGCGCAUUCUCACCCGACUCCAGAACAACAGAGAAUCUUUCAACAACAGAUGCAUCAGCAAUUUGGUCCGCAGAAUGUGGAGAAGUUCCUUACGAUUUUGGAGGAGUUUAUGGCUCACCGUGGUACUCCAUUACCAGAUAAGUAUCCAGUAAUCAACGGCAAGCGAAUGAACCUAUUUUUAGUCUACUUCAUGGUGUCGAACAUGGGUGGUUUUGUCCGGGCUUUGAGGUCAGGAAAAGUUGCAUUUAUUGCAAGUAAGUUGGGGCUCGAUCCUAACAACAAGCAAAUCUUAACUGACUUCAUCCAAAUGUACAACAAAUCGUUGUUUCAGUUUGAGCAGUUUGCAAGCUCGCCACAAGGUAUGAAGGAACUUGCCAUUAGACGCCAACAGCUCCAGGCACAAUCUCUGCAAGGCCCACAGCAGCUGCAGACACAAUCUCUGCAAGGCACACAGCAGCUAAAAGCACAAUCUUUGCAAGGUCCACAGCAAAAUCAGAUACAGCAGCAGCAGAUACAGCAGCAGCAGAUGCAUCAGCAACAGUUACAACAGCAGCAGCUACAUCAGCAACAGUUGCAACAACAACAACAACAACAGCAGCAACAACAACAGCAACAACAACAGCAACAACAACAACAGCAACAGUUGCAUCAACAACAGCUACAUCAGCAGCAAUUGCAUCAACAACAGCUACAUCAGCAACAGUUGCAUCAACAACAACAGCAGCAGAUACAGCAGCAGCAGAUGCAUCAGCAACAGUUACAACAACAGCAGCAACAACAACAGCAGCAACAGCAGCAGCAGCCUAUUCGCCGCACAUCACAACCACAGUCUCAGGCUCAACUUCCUCUGCAACCCCAACUUCCUUCCCAGCAUUCUACUCCUGCAUCGGCCACUUCUCCAGCUAUACACCCGGCUGGUCCUUCACAAGGAGAAACUCCUGGGGUAGCUGCUUUGGGACCACAGCCUCAACAAACAGCUCCCGUGGGAUCUUUACCUUCUGGAAAUCUUUCUGCAGGCUCUGCAAGCUCUGCACGCACAGAACCGCUUGCCAACCCUAAUGGUUCAAACGCUCGGAAACGUGGUCCUGAUUUUAUUCGAAACUACGUGCCUCACAAUAGUCUCGUAGAAAAGACGGCAGGAUACAACUUGGAGGCCUUAGAGUCUUAUGGGGAGCAGUUAGAUCGUCUCAGACCCGUAUUUCUUUACUUCCCGGAGUUGGGCCAGGUCAGUAUCCAUGCUCUAACCCUAGCGUUAGCAUCAAACAUGGACUCAGAAAUAAAUGUUGCUCUUAAUGUGUUACUUAUUGUCACGUCAGAAGCUUCUGUUUCACUCUCAUUGGAUCAUUGCAUGGAUCUUAUGGAUAAUUUAUCUGCGUUGGCUAUUGAUAUCAUCCAGUGCUUGCAAACCGGUCAGUACGACAGACGCAAUCAGCGCUCUGAACAGUGUACGAAACUUCCAAAGGCCCAUAAAUCCCUUAUUGACAGCGUCUUUGACAAGUAUAAAGGCUUGUAUACAAAGGAGGGAGAGGACAGAUUGGUUAAUUUAGACUCAUUUACCUCUCAGGAGCUGAAGACGCCACCAUCUACUGAUGCGGAAGCAGAAACUAAGCAUUGCAAUAAUGAGUCUUUGAAAGCUGACUCCGAGUCCCUUAGUAGCGGUUCAGAAUCGGAAGCUGAGGCAUCUUCUGAUACAAGUGCAACAUCUGUGACUUAUAGGGAAAGCCCUGAAAGGAAGUUUUCUUUGCCAAAUUACUUGGAGUUAUUGCAUGGAUUUCGCGACGAGACUGAGGACUACGAACGUGGAGUGCAUACAAGGACAUAUCAAAACAGGAAGUUGAUGCUCGUUGAGGAGCUCAGCACAAUAUCGAUGAUUUUGCGUAAUCUUUCUUUUAGUAAUGACGGCAAGGCGUGGUUCAACAACACUAUUAUGGCGACCAACGAACGCUUUUUGGAUUAUAUUGUUAAGUUGAUUGAGGCCAUUGGUACCGAUCCUGAUGCGUUUAUGCUAUCUCGAAAGAGAUUGUGCUUCAUGAAGGACACACUUAUCAUUUUGGCAAACAUUUCACACGCCUUAGACGUUCGCUCGGAAAGAGAGCUAUUUCUUAUUGUUUCUCUAUGUCUUUCCUUUGCAUCUAAACAGACAAAGGAAGACAAGGAGGCUGGAUUUUUGACCACUCCUGUAGAUCCGAUUAUUAACAAGUAUCAUAUGCAUGCUGUGGAUGCUCUUUCGAAGAUUCUGUGUGGUUCUGGAAACAAUAAGCAGAUGUUGGCGUCUAUCCUCUACGGGGACACGUCAGAUUCCGAGCUCUUCAAAUGGAUUAAGGAGUUUGCAGAGACGGACAAUAUGUCUGAUGGUUCUAUGGCUGUGAAACUUUUCUCUUUUCUGAUUUCAACGAUUCCGUUGGAACAUCUUCAUAUGGGAAUAGAACCGUUUAACAACAAGUUACCAAGCUGUCUUGAAGCAUUACUGGGAUGCCUGGUUCUUGUUGAGGUGUUAAGAAGUGAAGACUUCACGCGGAAUGUUGCGUUGGAUAUUCUCAUGGCUCCAGAGAUGAUAGGAAACGGAUUGGUUCACUUGGCAUUUGUGUAUGCGGCAAUUUAUGUGAACACCAAUUUUGAAACUAAGAUUCAACAUGCAUACAUAUCCAGUAAAUGCUCUCAGUUGGUGAACACGCUAAUUAAAGAUGCAAUGGAUUAUAGCGAGGAUCACCACACGGUGGAUAAAGACUUAAAUAAGCUUAGCAGUCUUUCCACAUUUUUUACCAACGACAAUAAUCUGAUGGGAGUGCUGGUUACCCCCAAUGUUCCUUCAGAAAUUACUGUUCAAGCGGUAGAAGCAGCUAAACUGAUGUCACGAUUGAGAGGCCUUGACAAAAAUUCUCAUAAAUAUUGA